ACUCGCACACAAAACACAUUUUCUUGCAAUUUCUUUUCUCCUUAACCAUGGCUAGAUACGAUAGGUCAUAUUUGCACUAUCUUUCUCCUCCUCCUCUACACCUAUGUUUCUUUGUCUUCAUCCUAUUCUUCGUUUUGGGCUUAUCAUGGUACAUAAAUUACGAGUCCAUGUUUGAGGACUUGAUCAGCCAGAUCAAGUUCUUCCUCAUGCUCUCUCCUCUAGUUUUGGUGCUCCUUGUUCACUUGUUUUCCGGUCGAACUAAUUUCUCGGUGCCGUUUCCGGAGAAGGAUUCCCUUCACCGAGCAGGGGGAUCUCCGUGGGGGGUGGCUCUUCUGCUUGUGUUCCUUCUGUUUCUGGUCUCUCAUCAGUCUUCUUUCCACGAACGUUGGUUUCCUUUUGGUGACUGAAAGAAUGAUUUCUAAAUUAGAAAAUAUUAAUUAAGUACGCAAUCAUGUUUGAUGUGUAACCUUGGCUUGUUCUUUUUUGAUAUAGUUUUGUACUUGGGAAGACAUGUAAGUAAAAAUUUGGUACACCA